GAGCAGGAGAGGAGAGGGGGGCCUUAUCUUCUUUUGCAUCAGUUUAUCUUUCGAAGACUGAGCUCUUGUAUGUGAGAUUUCAGCCAAAGAGGGGAGAGUCGGAGAUCAAAUGAUCGAAUCGAAAAUGUUUCUCCAGACGGUUUCUUCUUCUUCUUCUUCUCCGCCGAUUCACCACCGCCUCUUUCUCCACCAUUCUCUCAUUCUGCCUUCCGCCUCUCUCAACUUCACCCGCAGGAAGAUUUCUCUUCAGAUACUCGGAAGGACUCCAGCAUUUCGAGCUUUUCCUCCCUCUUUUCUUGAUGAAUCUGCGAGGAUUUCACCAGUGUUGAAAAAUAUGUCACUUGCGAAGAGGCUACCCGUCAAAGGAUCUGCCAUGCUGCUGGGUCAGAGCGUUCUGAUGCUUUCUGUACAGUCACUGCCAGCAGCUGCAACGGAAAUCUUGAAACCCGAACCUGUUUACGAGAUUGGAGAGUUGUUUGAACUCGGUAUUCAGCUCUCCUACCUGUUGUUACUGCUGGCUUUGCUUGGAGUUGGCACCUUCUUCGUUAUCCGUCAAGUGCUAGUGCGCAGAGAACUUGACCUUUCUGCUAAAGAGUUGCAGGAACAAGUAAGGAGCGGGGAUGCUAGUGCGACAGAGCUCUUUGAGUUGGGGGCGGUGAUGCUGAGGAGGAAGUUUUAUCCGGCAGCCACUAAGUACCUGCUUCAGGCCAUUGGCAAGUGGGAUGGCGACGACCAAGACCUUGCGCAGGUCUACAACGCACUGGGAGUGAGCUAUGUCCGAGAAGAGAAGCUGGAGAAAGGAAUCGAGCAGUUUGAGAGGGCGGUGAAGCUGCAGCCGGGGUAUGUCACGGCAUGGAACAACCUGGGGGACGCGUACGAGAAGAAGAAGGACCUGAAAUCGGCAUUGAUGGCCUUCGAGGAGGUCCUCUUGUUUGAUCCAAACAACAAGGUGGCUCGGCCCAGGAGAGAUGCUUUGAAGGACCGUGUUCGGCUCUACAAAGGCCUCUCUCUCAAAGCUAAGAAACGAUGACUGUGCUGCUAAUGUCUCCUCUCUCUUGUUUUUCUGUUGUCACGAAAUUACAAAACGUUUCCAUUCACCCUUUGUAUUGGUUAAUCUCCCACUCCCAGACCCAUUUGAGCUUUUUACGCUGUUUUUUCUACCGAAA